CCCGUCCACCGAACUCUUCAUCUCGCAACUGACGUCAUCUCGCACAGCACGUCUUCAGAGAUCGCCAUGGCAGCCGACACGAGCGCGGAAGCAGAGGCGCUCUGGGACUCCAAAAUCUUUCCCGUCUUCUCGGGCGGCUUCCACACCCCGGAGCAGAAAUGGAUGGACGCGGCCAUCGAGCACUUGCGGCGGCGCCACGACGUCAUGGGCGAGUAUGUUCGGCCCUGCGAUGAGAUCGGCGAGCUCGUGGCGAUAAAGAACAUGCCGUAUCACGCCGAGGGCGGCUUCGCCAUGGACAUUGUCACCCGCAAGAGGCCGGAGGCGACGCCAGCCCAUCUCCCCGAAUACACAGAAGAGGAGUACACCGUCACGAUCAACACCGAAUUGGAACACGACAUCUCGACUUCCGUGGCCAGAGCCAUGAAGACCGACCCCCUGGCACUCGAGGUUCUGAAUUUCGCCAUGGACUCGCAGCCGACCGACACGGCGUUUCAUGGCCACUUCCUCCAAGCCACCCGCCGUUUCGAGGGCGAGACGCUCGAAAAGGUGUGGAAGUCAAAGACAGACACGGGGGAGCUGGCCGAGUUCACGCAAGAGAUAGCCCCCCUACUCGCCGCCGCCCUGAAGCGCCUGCACGAGUCGGCGACCUGCCACUACAUCGGCGUGCCGGGCGAGCUCAAGGCACGGCUGCUAAUGCAAAACGUCUUCUCCGACGGGCGCGAGCCGGACAUGGGGCCGUUCGAGCGGGCGGGCGUGGUCGAUGCUGAGGAGGCGUUUGACGAGUGGGCGCUGGGACAUCUCACCCUCGUCGAGCAGGACAGGUGGCGGCCGCUGCUCGCCCAGGACAGGAAGGAGAGGAUACAGAGGCGCCGCAGCAAGUAUACACCGUUUGUCGCGACGCACACCAUGCUAGCAAAGCAAAACAUCUUGCUGCAGGCAGACGAGUCGGGUAAGUACGCCGUCAAGGCAUUCCUGAACUGGCGGCGUGGCGGCUACAUGCCCGACUAUGUCGAGCGCGCCCUGGUCGAGACAACCUUCAAGGACGACAGGGUGUGGUUGGAAAUCCUGAGGAAAGUGGUGCCGGCGGGCGGGAUCUCGACUGCUCAGCUCGAGAAACGGAUCGAGUUCACGGCCCUUUUGGUGGAAGAGGGGAGUUGGGGUUGCCCUUGAUGGCUGGUGCUGCGGGGAGUGGGUUUGUGUGCUCUGGAGUUGGUGCGUUGACUUUGUCGAGAUACUCUGAAUGGAUAGUUGACAGUCUAAUGCCGAACUCUUCCUUUCCGUUCCUUUGUCUUGUUACCUUUGUCUUGUUACCUA